AAUUUUCGGACGAGUAACAGGAGGUAACAGGAGACUGGUCACCUCUGGUCACCUCUUCAUUUGAUACAAGUCCUCUAAAAUAUUUUGCACACGGCGGGUAUUAGCAGCCGCAGACGUUACUGUGAUGGAGAUCCGAGAUCCCCAAUUACGACUAGUGAUAUGAUCUGAUCAGUUGAGUCCCGGAUGCCGUGUUUCAGUUAUCGCUGCGGACGCAGCGUGACGCCACUAGCCUUCAAUUCCCGAACAUUGUUGUGGCCGCGUUUCAUACUAUCGUAAACCUUUACUACCACCAAGUCCUUCGCAAGAAUGAAUGCCAACAACAAUCCACCUGCUCCAAAAACUCGGCGAGUCUUGCCAGAAAUACAAACUACAGUCUACCGUAGGAAUCGAUUCUCCUUACCAAUGCACUUCAGAGCCCAGACUUAUCUGUUUGUUUUCAGAACAGAUGCAGAUGAACAUGAAAGGCUUCGACUACAGCACAACGCCUUAAAGAUUUUCAUGGAUGGCAAUAAUCAUAUUGUACCUAUCGAAGAUGAAGGUAAUUUCCAGCGCGUCCUGGACCUGUGUUCCGGCAGUGGUCAGUGGGUCGUGGAUGUCGCAGAAUCACUUCCUAAUGCUGAAGUGCAUGGUGUCGACCUGGCUUUGCCACAAAUAUUCGGGAACUCGGAAAUUCCAUCGAACGUACAGUUUCACAAAGUCGAUUUACUUAAUCAACCUCUCCCAUUUGCUGAUUGUUAUUUUGACAUCGUUCAAAUGCGCAUCGUACCAAGUAUCCCAAACAGGAUCGACCUUCUCAAGGAAAUCAGUCGAGUACUGUGGCCGGGAGGAUAUGUGAUGUUCUUCGAACCAGGGGCCUCUUUCUCAGGGACCCAAGGCACUCGCACUGCUGCGUUAACACAAGUUGACCGUCUCAUCAUACAAUCUCCUCAUACGCCAUCUCCAGGCACUGGGGACGACAAUGGCAUGAUUUGGUCCCUCGCUCCAAAGAUCGCAUCUAUGCUCCAAGACGCUGUAGACAAUCAAGGGAAUGCACUAUUCUACGAUGUCUCGUCUUUAGAACUUCUCAUUCCCAUAGGCGGCUGGCCUGAUGAUGAAAAACUGAAAUCGGUAGGGUCAAUGAUGGCAGAAGUGCAAAUGGGUCUGGUUGACGCAUUCCGUCCGAAGUUCAUCGAGCUCCAGUUGCUUACUGAUGCUGAAUUUUCCGCUCUUCAGACGCGUGUCUUAGCAGAAGUUGAAGAUCCAACGUUAGAGUUGCAACAACCUUUCGUCGCUGCAUGGGGCCGUAAAGUUGCGGAAAAUUCUGGCUAGCUAGCUUUAGGUUAUGUAUUUCUAUCUGUUUACAUCGUACGCGACUAUGAGACCGUCAAAAUCGAACAAGUACAGGCGAGCGUGGGCCAGGCACAUGUUACAAGAACAUCAAACGCAGGAUGACACUUAGAAAAGUAGAUGAAUAUAUGUAAAUCCCUCCAAACUCUGCGCACUUCGCCC